AUGAGGGGAGCUAUGGCGGGUUAUAUCUUUGCCGAAAUUCAAACUUGUUCGACGCAGCUUUCGUUGGGAACAACCAUACUAUCAGCAGCGGUUCAUCGCCAACGUUUCGAAACGCAUGUCGCGAGUGUGCAGCGAUGUGAGCCAUAG